GUGAAUUUAAUAGAUGGCUUCCUUAAAAAAAAGCUUUAUUAAAAUGUGGACUUUGCUCGUCAAAACUCUUAGUUGAAUCAUAUGAAAUUGCAUCCAACUGAGAAUGCAAGUGACAAUAGUUUCCUCUCUCGUUUUCUUCAGGAAUGCCAGCUGCAUCUUUAGUGACCCCUGCAGAUGUGAUCAAGACAAGGUUACAGGUAGCAGCCCGGGCAGGACAAACAACUUACAGUGGUGUCAUUGAUUGCUUUGGAAAGAUCUUACGAGAGGAAGGUCCAAGGGCUUUUUGGAAAGGAGCUGCAGCUCGUGUGUUUCGUUCGUCCCCUCAAUUUGGAGUAACCCUAGUGACGUAUGAGCUACUGCAGCGAUGGUUUUAUAUUGAUUUUGGAGGAGUAAAACCAGCAGGAUCUGAACCAGUACUUAAAUCUAGAAUCACCCUUCCUGCACCUAACCCAGACCAUGUUGGAGGUUACAAGCUGGCUGUUGCCACAUUUGCAGGAAUUGAAAAUAAAUUUGGACUUUACUUACCUCAGUUUACAGCAAUGUCUCCUACCUCUAGAACGGCAUUAUAAACCACAACAUACUUAUAAGUAAUGGUUGGCAGAGGAACCAUGUGUCUGAUCAAUCUUUAUACUUCAGUCCUUUAGUUUUUCUGUCUAAGCGAAGCCUUAUCUAGAAAUUUCUUUUCCUUCCCCAUUUUUUCACUUUAGAUGUACAUUUGUGCUUCCUAGGUCAGAUCACUGUGACGUUUCUGCUAAAAUAGUUGUUAAUUUGGACCCAUGAAUGUAUCCCCCCCACCCCACCCCAAUUACUUACACUUGGAAUUGUGAAUGUACUUGGACUGAUUUUGAAAACAUAUUCAUAAUUUUUCUUAUUGGUGGGCAAACAGGGAUGGUAGAAUAUGGCCUUUGGCAUAUGUUGGGAUGGUAGAAUAUGGCCUU